CGUCAAGUUACCAAAAUACAGCCUUGAGCCUCUGUUAACUGAGGCAUCACCACCAAAUUUACCAACAUGUCUCUCACAAUACCUCAGGCCUCCCAGGCUGGGCUCUUCAAGCCCGGCUACAAUAGCUACGACGCUGAAGAUGGCGCCGUCAUUCGCAAUAUCGAUGCCUGCAGAACGAUAGCUCAAACAGUACAGACUUCUCUAGGUCCCUAUGGCCGCAACAAAAUAGUCAUCAACCACCUAUCAAAAAUGGUCCUGACCUCAGACGCCGCUACCAUCCUCCGCGAACUGGACGUUGUGCACCCCGCAGCUAAAUUGUUAGUGAUGGCGAGUCAACAACAAGAGGCUGAGAUGGGCGAUGGGACGAACAUGGUCAUAGUACUGGCAGGAGAGCUGCUGAAGAAGGCAGAAGAAUUAAUACGAAUGGGGCUCAAGACCAGCGACAUCGUAUCCGGAUACGAAAAGGCACAAACGUAUGCGCUCAAAUCCCUACAAGAUCUCGAAGUCGACCGUCUUUCAGAGCUGCGCUCGGUCGAUGAACUCUGCAAAGCGCUACGCACAGUGGUCGCAGCCAAACAAUCCGGAUCAGAAGACGUCGUGUCACGAUUGAUCGCUGAAGCCGUUCUGGCAGUGCUGCCCAAGAACCCCGCCAACUUCAAUGUGGACAACAUCCGAGUGGUCAAAAUCAUGGGAGGCGACCUGUCUUCAUCAAAAGUAGUCAAGGGUAUGGUGCUCGGUCGCGAACCAGACGGCACGGUCAAGCGAGCAAAGAACGCCAAAGUCGGGGUUUUCUCAUGUCCCAUUGACACUUCACAAACGGAGACAAAAGGCACAGUUCUUCUGAAGAACGCAAAAGAGAUGAUGGAUUUCUCGAAGGGCGAAGAGACCCAGCUCGAAGCAGCCAUCAAGGAAUUAUACGACAGCGGACUGAGAGUUGUCGUGGCAGGUUCAACAAUAGGCGAGCUGGCACUGCACUACCUCAACCGUAUGGGCAUUUUAGUCAUCAAGAUCCUUUCGAAAUUCGAGCUGCGCAGACUCUGCCGUGUCUGCGGAGCCACGCCUCUCGCUCGUCUCGGAGCACCAAUGCCAGACGAGAUGGGCAGUAUCGACAUCGUCGAAACCACCGAAAUCGGCGGCGACCGGGUCACCGUUUUCCGGCAAGAGUCUGAUUCCGCCGUGACGCGCACAGCCACCAUUGUUCUCCGUGGAGCCACGCAGAACCACCUGGAUGACGUCGAGCGCGCCAUCGACGACGGCGUCAACGUGAUCAAAGCAGUCACCAAGGAUCCGCGACUUGUCCCCGGCGCAGGUGCCACCGAGAUGCAGCUUGUCGAACGCAUCGGUCACUAUGCAGACAAGACGCCCGGCUUGCCGCAGUACGCGAUCCGGAAAUACGCCGAGGCGUUCGAAGUGAUUCCACGCACACUCGCCGAGAGCGCAGGGCUCGACGCAACAGAAGUGCUCGCCCGCCUGUACACCGCACACCAACAACGCCUGAACACAAGCGAAGUCAAACGCCGCAAAGCAAAGGAAGAAAGCGACGGUGAUGAAGAAGACGAUGAGGAAGAAGAAGAAGGCACGUCAGAAGAAACAUCCGAGUCCGAGGAGCCGUACUGGACAACGGGUGUGGACCUCGAGGGCACAGACUCUACAGGCCUGCUCGAUGCUCUGGAGGAGCAGAUUCUCGAUCUCAUGGUGACCAAAAGCUGGGCUAUCCGAUUGGCGACAGAGGCGGCCAGGACAGUCUUGAGUGUCGACCAAAUCAUCGUGGCUCGGCAGGCUGGUGGGCCGAAGCCACCUGGGCCAAAUCCAAACUGGGACGAGGACUAGAGCAUAGAUUUUGUGACAAAGUGGGGAAAAAGGGUCUGUUUUAUGAAAAGAGCCAUGAUUCGCAAGGUGACCUGUCGAACUCAGGGGCGGGCGACAGCUGAUGUCAAAGGCAGAGGUACUCUGACCAGAAGCCCCACCUAAAAUGUCCGGGGUCAACCAGGGAGAUGCCUCGAGACAUAUUGGCUCUGAGGAUUUAGGGCACUUGAGGUGGGCCUCCGAACACAGCCUUAUACGAUGUUGAUGGCAAAGCACUAUCACAUCGUUCGUCGGUGCGGCGAGGUCCAGGGCCAUAGGCUACGAUAGACAGUCAGCCAGGACAAACGUUGAUAGAAGACAAGUGAAGAAAGGUGUUUAGACAAUGCAAAUUCUCGCCAAAGAAAGUU